GUCAAAUCCCGGAAAUAAUAGAGUGUAAUCGGUGGUUGUUGUUGUGGUGGUGGUGGUAAAAGAGAAGGCUCGAGAGCCAGGCUCGUGCUCCUCUCACAAUACGCCGAGUCCUCGCGCGGCCCCGCAGUUGCUUUUUCUGCACCGUUCUGUCCUGGUGAUUGUUUACAGGUUAUGACGACUAAUCCCAAACCAAACAAGGCAUUAAAGGUAAAGAAGGAGGCGGGAGAGAACGCCCCAGUGUUAAGCGACGAUGAACUCGUGUCAAUGUCUGUGCGGGAGCUAAAUCAGCACCUCCGAGGUCUCACUAAAGAAGAAAUCAUUCGUCUGAAGCAGCGUAGACGUACACUCAAAAAUCGCGGCUACGCUGCCAGUUGCAGAGUUAAACGUGUCACCCAGAAAGAGGAGCUUGAGAGGCAGCGUGUGAAAUUACAAGAAGAAGUUGAUAAGCUUGCCCGGGAAAAUUCCAGUAUGAAGAUUGAGUUGGAUGCACUGAGAUCCAAGUACGAUGCUCUCCAGACCUUCGCACGUACUGUUGCCCGAGGGCCUAUCACCCCAACCAAGGUUGCCACCACCAGUGUCAUCACCAUUGUGAAAUCAGCUGACAUUUCAUCAGCUUCCAUACCAUACUCAGCAGCAUCCUAGUGCCCAUGGAGGGGAGAGAACUUGCAGCCUGUUCUGAAAGGGACAUUAUGGGAUUCACCUACAUAGUUUCUCAAUUCCUUUCUUGCCUAUUUAAUGUUAGGCAUUGCCUUUUAUUCCAUUAGACAUCCCAACAUGAAGUACAGAGGCAACACUUGACCUGAGCUCUAUGGCCAAGAUGCAAUUGUUCCAGGGAAUUUGCCUAUUGAAUAAUACACGAAUAUCUUUUCUAAUGUAAAAAGGAUUAUUCGUUGUCUCUGAGUAAGCUGAAACCUUCGCAAACAUAAGUUCAUUGCUGAACAAAAAGUGAAAUUUAAAUAGAGAAUGUGGAAUUAUUUAUUUUUCUCAAACUUUUGAUAUUUUUUUUUAAAAAUUUUUUUUAAAGACCUUCAUUAAUAAUGCUCUCUAAAAUUCACUUAUUGUUGCUGAGUUGGGAAGCCAGGUUAAAAAAAGCUGUUUUUAUUUUUGAGAAAUAUAUUAUGCAAUAUAAAAUGAAUGUUUACAGUUGAGCAGACAAAUUUUAUAUAUUGCUUAAGAGCUAGAUCUUGUAUUUGAUGGGCUUGUGGAACCACUGUGUGGUUCAUGUUGCCUAGUCUUACUUUUAAAAAGCCAGUUUUAACUUGAGACAACCUUCAGCCAAUGCAUCUUGUCAUUGUAGGGAAGUUUUUACAAGUACUUUGACAAUGAUUUGUCUUAUCGCAAAACUCAGGAUUAUGUUUUAAUAUUAUUUUCUUUUAUAAAUAUAUAUUAUUGAUUAUGUACAAAUCUGUACAUUACAUUUUUAUGACAUAAUGCAUCUACUUUGUUGUUUUUGACAAGGGCAAGUUAAGGGAAUUUGUUUUACUAGUACCAGGAUUUCUGCUUCAAAGUCUAUCACUUAACCACACUUCAAAUUAAAGAUAGACCCUAACACAGUUUUUAACUGUUUCUUGUAUUCAGUAACUUGCAGUAAAGUGAUUGUGCAGUGGAUUUGUCGUAAGCAAAUGGUUUUUAUUAUGUUUACAUUAUAGCCAUUGCUUUAAAAGCAUACAGAGUAGAGACCACUAACAGAACUUUCUGUAAGUUGCUUCACUGUAAGCCAAUUACCUCUCAAAACUAAAGUGAAUCAGUUAACAUUGUUUUUUUCCAGUAAGUCUGAAAACCACAAAAAAAGCCCUUCAUGGAAAUGUGUAGAAGUUUACUCAUGUAAUUUGGACAUUCCAAUUUGUUUCUUACUAUUACAAUUAGUCGGCUUUUAUGACUCAAGUAGUAGUUUCAAGACAGAACUUUAACAUAAAAUGUGUGUUCUAUUAUGCUGCUCAGCACAUUGGUGUAGGGGUGAAAUUCAGUACCUGUCUAGAGCUCUAGGUUACAAGUUUGAUUUAAAGCCAAGUUGACUCAGCCUUUCACCCUUUCUAGGGUACUAAAUUUAAGAUGGGCAAUAACUACUUGUCAAAUGCAGAUUAACAUUCAAAUAGCCAGCUGCUAAAUGCUUUGAGCCACCAUGGGUGGUGAGAUAGGUGCUAUAUAAAUAAUAGCAUUAUUUUAGAAGAAUUAAUAAAAAUAUUAACAUCAAUAUGCUGAAAGUGUCUUUGCUCGUUUGGCAAUUUGGUGCACUAAAUGGCAAGAAACAUGGGAAUUGAACGUCUGAUACUAUUUUCUUCUUCUGAAUGUGAAUAUAUAGAUUUGUGAUGGAUCUAGAAAGUGUUCCAGUGUUCCUUUUUAAUUUUAUGGUUUCAUGCAGGUUUUUGAAGGACUAAUAUGUGGUACAUGGUGGUGUUUGGUGGCUUAUAGAUAAAAAAAAAAAGAAAAAAAAAAAAAGUUUUGUAUGGUUGUUAUUUUAGAAGUGUAUUGUUUCAGCAGGCUGGUAUGAAUAAAGGGAAUAUACUUAAUGUGUGGAUCAACAUUCUACAAUCUUCAUUUGGUAUAUGCAUAUGUAGGCGUUUUGUAUGUUGUUCCAUCAAUAGAAGGUGCAAAUAUAACUUGGGUAAUAAAUAGUAGUAUGUUUCCACUACAGUACUUGCAAUGCAGUGGGCUGUGGUUCUUGUAAAAUUUAAUGUAGUUUGUUUCCAAUGAGAGGAUUAAUUAUGUAUCAUUGUUGACUUUGUCCAAGACCAAAGAUGUUUUUGAGGAACUAAAGGGCUAUUGGCUUGAUUGAAAAGGGACUUUACUGGAUAAUUAAAAGGAAUAUUUUAUUGUGUAUUUAACGCAUUUCACAGGUUUUGUUUGAAAUGUUCCUGAAUGCUAAUAUGCUCUGAAAUUGCAUAAACUAUGGAGCCCAAUUUAGCUGAGCUUAUUCGGAAAGGACGUUUUGGAUUGCAAUUGGCAUGCUUUUAUUUUAGGGAGUACUUUGAUUCACCUUUAUUUUAACCACAGUGAUUAUUUUGUUUCUGUAUAAUUCACUUGUCCAUUAUAUUUAUAUAUCUUUUUUUUUUAUUUUAUUUUUUCAUUUAGGGUGGUAGUAUUUUUAACCUUUUUUUGAAAAGUGUAUACAAUUGCCUCACUUAGCGUUGCAAAAAAUCGUAAUAUCAAGUACACCAUGAAAAAAACAAGUUAAAAUAUAAUUUCAUAAAGCUGUUUUUUUUUGUUUUUUUUUCCCCCAAGUUGCUAAUCUCCACAGUAUUAAUCUUAACAUUUUGUCUGCAACAAUAUUUUAUUCUGUACUUCCCCUCACCAUUAAAAAAGGGCUAAUAUUUUUGUAGUUGUCAGAAAUUAUCUUUAUGGUCUUUAAUCAUUCAACUAUGUUUCUGAAGGUCUUUGAGCUUAUUACUUCUUGGUUGCCAGAGAUGGCCACAGUGCAGCUGUCUAUAGUAGCCAAGGGAUUCAUGAAUUGGAGCAAAUUCCCUGGGCAAUACCAUAUACUUUAAAGGAAUGUCAACACAUAAGUAGCUGGUGGACUUCAAAAGACAUUAAAACAAAGGUCUAAGGUUUUUGUAUAACUGAAGUACCACACUAACAGCUGUAUAGAAAAUCCUGCUCUCCUUGGAAGUUGCACCCAUAGAGCCAGCCUUCUUCUCUAAAGAUCAGGAUACAUGGCGUACUAAUAAAGGUGUAUCAGCCUUUGCAUAAUUUAACAAACUUCAUUUUUGUUCUUUUUUUUGUAUUAAAAUUACUUAAAGACGUACGUGUAGCCGCUAUCUGCUGCAUGUAUUUCUUCCUCAAAUUGUAUUUUUGUUUGACGUGUGCCAAAUAUUUGGCUACUAAAGUGCUAGCCCAAGGAAAACAGUGACUUCUCUUCCCCUGUCAUAGCUCAUGGGAGGGGGAGGGACAAAGGGAGAACAGGGACUUGGGCAUCAUUAUGCUGUUGAUACCAUGGAAAUGGUAGGUAAUCCAUAUUGGAUAUCCAUAAGGAACAUAUGGAAAUAUUUAAAGAGAUUUAAAAAAAAAAAAAAGUUUUAUCAUAGAAGUUUUCUAAGGGUGAAAAAUCAUUUUACAAAUUUUAAUAAUGCAGUUCUUUAUUGGAAGAUGAUGCAAACAUAUGGGUUACUGUGAAGCUAUUUAGUGACAGGAGGGAGAAAGCAAAUCCCCCCCUCUUGAUCUCUAAACCCCAGCCAGAUUUGACUUUGGAAUCCUAAAUUAAACAGAGUAACUUAAUUCUUCCGUUCUGCGGAAUCCCACAUUCACUGUGCUGUAGCAUGGAUGAGAUUAAGAAUACUCAAUCGUUUUCUCUUUCUGUUAUUGUAGAUGUGUGUGUAUUUUAACUAUUUGUUAUUUUAUAUGUAAUUUGUAUUUAAAGAUUCUUUGUUUUAUGUUUAAGGUAUUGAUCUUCUGUGUCCCUUUCACUCAUGUCUUUUUGUACAGGAGUGUGCUGCUCAGGACAUCCAGUUCUAGAGAUGGUUAAACACUUGCACUCCUAGGAGAUAUUCAUUUUCUUCCUGUUUGUUUCACAGAAUUAAUUAUAAUGCUGAAUAAAUCUUUUCGAUUUGGUAAAAUAUUUACCCAUCCAUUGCUGAACGAACUGUCACCUCCCUGAGAGCCAAAAGGUUAAUGUAAAGGGAAAGCCCCAAUAAACAAAGAAAAUCAAUGCAUUUUGGUGAAUAAACUAAAUCAAUUGUAGUUUUGUAAAAAUGCCUAAUCUGAGAAUUUAUUGGGAGCAUGCAUUUUGUGGACGUACAGAUGAUACCAACAAUGCAGUAUGUUAGAACUUUCAUCUUUUUUCCCUUUUUACACGCCAACUGGUGCAAACAUGUUGUGUUUUGUUUUUUGUUUUGUUUUUUACAUUUGUGUGCCUGCUAGUGCAUAGCAUUUAACUCUACCCAUAAACUGGAAUACAGAUGUCAUCCCUGAACAACAGAAUAGGUAUUUGACAAAUGUAGCUGCCAGGUAAACUGUCCCACCUGCCAUUGUUUAACAGAAACAGGCAAGGCCUCUAUAAUUGCAUUUUCAUUCUUUAGUCCCUGAUUUACUCAUGUUCACUGUCCAGAUUAUUUGUGUUAUUUAAAACAUCUGUUGACGGGAUUGGUUAAAGGGAUAGAACAAUUGGCGUGCUUUCUGUUUGUUUUUAGACUAGGUAUAAUGACUAUAAAAUGUGAUUACUUUUAUUAACAGUUCUUUGAGUAGUACUUGUUUAUGGGAUACGUCAUAGAAUGCCUUUUAAAGAUAGAGCCGUUAUUUACUAUGUUGGAAAACCUAGCAUGUCCUAGUUUACUUAUUCUAAAGUCCAUUUGAAUGGUGAAACUGUUAAAGGGACACUAUUCACUAAAUACAUAUCAUGCACCUCCCUCUAAUCAUCAGUGCUACCAUCAUGGAAGCUAGGUUACACUGCACAUGUGCAGCAACUCUCCAGAUUUCAACAUGGGGGCACCCUUGACUAGAGGGAGGCGGGGCAAAACCUCAAUACUAUGCUCAGAAAAUGUAUUUGGUGUUUAACUGCCCUUUUAACCUACCAUGAUUAUGACUAUAUAACCCAUCUCAAUACAUUUUUUCCAUAAACUAUUAUUUUAGGCAUUUAUUUAAAAUAAAAAUAAAAAAGUAUAUAUAAUUAUCUAUCUUCUUGUUUUGCUCUGCAUACCUCAGCUACUGAGUGAACUUGAUAUUCCCAGUUACAAAACUCUAAAUUAUCAUUUGUACAUCCAUUUAAAGCUAUGUAAAAAAAAAUAUCUGUGAUUUAUGUUUUGUUUUUAUUGAACGUCCUUUGCAAAUCAUACAUUUUUGUAGUAAAGUGGGUCCAGAAAUGUCCAAGAAGUGAUUUGUAAUGCAGUCUGUUCAUCAUGUGCAAGUAAUCUAUGUGUGUACAACGGUUUCAAGACAGAUUUAAUUUAUAUUGUUAAAUUACAUUGUCCACCGUGUAUUGUUGAACCUGAUAUACAACCAUGUGGUGUUCCCUUUAAGUCUGUUUCAGAGUUGUGGAUCUUAAUAGUAGUAAGAAUCUGUAAUUGCCAGAGAAUUAGACUAUUUUGUCUGGUUUCAUAGAGAAACCAAAUAUGUUGGAGUUUUGGCAACUUUGACAUGCGUCAUUCAUGCUGCAGUACAAACUGUAAGCUAAUUUAUUAUUAAUCUGAAGUAAUAUCACUUAAUACAACUGUUAAAUGGUUUGUUUGCCUUAAUAUUGGCAAAAAGUACAUAUUUAAGCCAACAUACUCAAUUGCUGUUUCAAUGUAAUAGUUGGUGAAUUUUUGGUAAGUAAUAUGAAGCCUCUGUGUGAAAAAAGUAAAAUAUUUUUCAUUUAUUUUUUUUGUCUGGAAACCUUUUUUUGUAAUGGCUUUACCCUCUUCUCUCAUUUAAACUAAGCAUAAUGCAUUUCACCAAGCUGGGUGUUUUGUGUUAAAUGCUUACAAAUGAUGAGUAGUAGGUGAUAUAGCAACAUCAAAAUUAGCCAUCAGUAUCUCUAUGUGGCUUCCAGCUCGUUUAUUAACAGAUAUUCUAAAGUCUAUUUAAAGUGAAAUAGUGAUUGUCAGGUGGAAAGAACGUCUAUAAUAACUUAUUGCACAUGUUUGUAAGAGUGAAAGCACCUUUUUUGUAUCUGCUUUUCUCUCCAUUGUUAUAUUAUUUAAUUUGUUUUGUCCCAUGUUGUGAAAUUGUGCGACACCAAUGGAUGUCAAAAGCAUUUCACAGUAAAAUGUUGUUUCUUUUUGUUCUCUUUUAAAAUGUGAUUUUUUUUAUUUAUUUUUUUAUUUUUUUUUCUUACACCAAGAUUUUGUUUCUCAUAUCAGUUUUUUGGGGGUCUUUUAGAAUAAGACAAACCACAAGAGCAGUUUAUUUUGCUUUUAUGUUAAAUAAGAAAAUAUUUGUUUUUAUUAGAGUUGAACGCCUUCUGACCUUUUUUUUCUCUCUGUAAUUCAGUAGGCUAAUUUCAAUAUUUAUUUUUCCUGUGCUGCUUUUUUAUACAUAUAUAAAAAAUAAAUUAUUGGGAUAUAUCCAAGUAAUUGUGGAUUUAUGUUUGUAUGUCCAGACCGUAAUCCUGUGUACUGUAUGUGUGCACCAAUUUCUUCUUAUCAGACAGCCACAAAGUAAUUUAUUGCUGUAUAUAAUACUGCUGUGACUGGUUUUUGUACCUUUCCAAUAAAGAGUUCUCAUUGA